AUGGGACACAACAGUUGUCAUGUCAAAGAUUUCUACACCGACCCUUUUCAGAUUAGCCUCUCUUUUGCUUCAUAUGGUGGUAGGAGGAGGAGAUUGGGGAACAACCACAAAGGUGGUGGUGGUUUUAUUAGCUUAGUCUUUUUUUUGUUUCUUUUGCAAGCUUUGGCUUCUGCCAUUCAGCCUGUUUCAGGGAGCUUGUGGGAUGGGGUGGUUGUGACUCAAGCUGAUUUCCAAGCCCUGAGAGCUAUUAAGAAUGAGCUGAUUGAUUUAAAAGGGGUUCUGAGGAGCUGGAAUGAUAGUGGUGUUGGUGCUUGUUCUGGAGGGUGGGCAGGAAUCAAGUGUGUGAAUGGUGAGGUUAUUGCUAUUCAGCUUCCUUGGAGAGGGUUAGGUGGUAGGAUCUCUGAGAAAAUUGGUCAACUUCAGUCUCUUAGGAAGCUCAGUCUUCAUGACAAUGCUCUUGCUGGUCCAGUUCCUUUGUCACUUGGCCUCCUUCCUAACCUUAGAGGUGUUUAUCUCUUCAAUAACAAGCUCUCAGGUUCUAUCCCUCCUUCCCUUGGAAAUUGUCCAAUGCUUCAGUCUCUUGAUAUUAGCAACAAUUCCCUCAGUGGUAAUAUUCCUCCCAGUUUAGCAAGAUCCACUAGGAUAUAUAGGAUCAAUUUGAGCUUCAACUCACUUUCUGGAUCCAUUCCUAGCAGUUUAACUAUGUCUCCUUCUCUGACCGUUCUUGCCCUCCAACACAACAACCUCUCUGGUUCUAUCCCAGAUUCUUGGGGUGGAGCUGGAAAGAAGAAAGCUUCCCAGCUUCAAGUUUUGACCCUUGAUCACAAUUUCAUCUCUGGAACCAUCCCAGUUUCUCUAGGCAAGCUAGCUUUACUCGAAAAUGUUUCUUUGAGUCAUAACCAAAUUGUAGGGCCUAUUCCAAGUGAACUAGGUGCACUUUCCAGGCUUCGGAUUCUUGAUCUUUCCAACAAUGCCAUCAAUGGCAGCCUUCCUACUAGCUUCUCUAACCUCUCUUCUCUAGUUUCAUUAAACCUGGAGAGCAAUCAACUUGCAAACCGUAUUCCAGAUUCUUUGGAUAGGUUGCACAACCUUUCCGUGCUUAACCUGAAGAACAAUAAGCUUAAUGGCCAAAUACCACCAACAAUAGGGAACAUCUCAAGCAUUAGCCAACUUGAUUUCUCUGGAAACAAAUUAGUUGGAGGAAUUCCAGAUUCCCUAACCAAACUGGCAAAUCUCAGUUCAUUCAACGUCUCUUUCAACAACCUAUCUGGUCCUGUCCCAUCGUUACUUUCCAAAAGAUUCAAUGCUAGCUCUUUUGUAGGGAAUCUUGAGCUAUGUGGGUACAUCAGUUCAAAACCAUGCCCUUCACCCCCUCCUCAUAAUCUUCCAGCUCAAUCACCACAGCCUCCUUCUAAGCCACAUCAUCGCAAAUUAAGCACCAAGGACAUCAUCCUCAUAGUGGCAGGUGUUCUUCUGUUGAUUCUGUUAUUACUGUGCUGCUUUUUGCUCUGUUGUUUGAUCAGGAGAAGAGCUGCUUCAAGCAGAAAGAGUGGCAAGGCUGCAAAGGCUGCAGCAUCUGCUAGGAGUGUUGAGAAAGGUGCUUCAGCUGGUGGUGAGGUUGAAUCAGGAGGUGAAGCUGGUGGGAAACUAGUUCACUUUGAUGGGCCUUUUGUGUUUACUGCUGAUGAUCUUUUGUGUGCAACUGCGGAGAUAAUGGGAAAAAGUGCAUAUGGAACAGCAUACAAAGCAACGCUGGAAGAUGGUAACCAAGUUGCUGUGAAGAGGUUGAGGGAAAAGACUACUAAAGGGCAGAAGGAGUUUGAAACCGAGGUUGCUGCACUUGGAAAAAUCAGACACCCAAAUCUCUUAGCACUUAGAGCCUACUAUUUAGGACCAAAAGGAGAGAAGCUUCUUGUCUUUGAUUACAUGACAAAAGGAAGCCUAGCAUCAUUCCUUCACGCUCGUGGGCCUGAAAUUGUUAUUGAAUGGCCAACAAGGAUGAAGAUAAUGAUUGGAGUCACUAGGGGCUUGAGCUACCUCCAUAGCCAAGAAAACAUUGUACACGGGAACCUUACAUCAAGCAACAUACUAUUGGAUGAGCAAACAGAAGCCCACAUAACAGAUUUCGGUCUCUCAAGGCUGAUGACAACUUCUGCCAACACCAACAUCAUUGCCACUGCAGGAAGUCUUGGCUACAAUGCACCAGAGCUUUCAAAGACCAAGAAGCCUAACACAAAAACUGAUGUCUACAGCCUUGGUGUCAUCAUGUUGGAACUCCUAACUGGAAAGCCACCUGGGGAGCCAACCAAUGGCAUGGACUUGCCCCAAUGGGUGGCUUCCAUAGUGAAGGAAGAGUGGACAAAUGAAGUGUUUGAUUUGGAGCUCAUGAGGGAUGCACCAGCCAUAGGAGAUGAAUUGCUUAACACCUUGAAGUUAGCACUGCAUUGUGUGGAUCCAUCUCCUGCUGCUAGGCCUGAAGUUCACCAGGUUCUACAGCAAUUGGAGGAGAUCAAACCAGAGUUGGCUGCAGGGGAUGAUGGAGCUACUAAGGUCCAAACAACUGAGUAA